AUGGCCCCCUCAGCAGACCCUCCGGCUCAAAUGUCUGCCAACGACUCCCCCAGUGACGACGUGCGCGUCCUGGGCUACGACCCUUUGAUCCCACCGCAACUCCUCGCAUCCGAGAUUCCCAUUCCCGCACACGCCGAAAAGACGGUUCUGCAAGGCCGCAAGGACGCGGCCAGCAUCAUCACGCAAAAAGAUGACCGUCUCCUCGUCAUGGUCGGCCCUUGCUCGCUGCACGACCCAGAGCAAGCGCUCGAGUACUGCCAGCGCCUCAAGGCCCUCGCCGACAAGCUGCAAGACAACCUCUGCAUCAUUAUGCGUGCCUACCUAGAGAAGCCGCGCACAACCGUCGGCUGGAAGGGUCUCAUCAACGACCCGGACAUUGACGAGAGCUUCAAGAUCAACAAGGGUCUAAGGGUAUCCCGCAAGUUGUUUGUAGACCUUACAUCGGCUGGUAUGCCUAUUGCCUCUGAGAUGCUCGAUACAAUCUCCCCGCAAUUCCUCGCGGACCUCAUCUCGCUCGGCGCUAUUGGCGCACGCACAACAGAGUCGCAACUGCAUCGUGAACUUGCGUCCGGUCUCUCUUUCCCCAUUGGUUUCAAGAACGGGACCGACGGUGGUCUGACAGUCGCCGUCGAUGCGAUUGGCGCUGCGGCUGCAAAGCACCAUUUUCUCGGUGUCACCAAGCAGGGCCUCGCCGCCAUCACCCGAACAGCAGGUAACGAGCACUGCUUUGUCAUUCUGCGCGGAGGAACAAAGGGCACAAACUACGACAAGGACAGUAUCAAGGCGGCACGCGAGGCGUUGAAGAAGAAGGGUCUUCCGGAGGUUAUGAUGGUGGAUUGCUCGCACGGCAACUCCAACAAAAACCACCGCAACCAACCUCUCGUCGCAAAAGACAUUGCCGACCAGAUCCGCAACGGCGAAACCGGCAUCGUCGGCGUCAUGAUCGAGUCAAACAUCAACGAGGGAAACCAAAAGGUGCCACCAGAGGGCCCCAGCGGCCUCAAGAAGGGCGUCUCCAUCACCGAUGCUUGCAUCGACUGGGAGACGACUGUUGACACGCUUGAGAACCUUUCCGCGGCUGUAGCAGAGAGGAGGGCGAACAAGGCGUCUAAUGGUGCGUAG